UGCUGAGUGAAGGAGGAAGUAGGUGUGUUGCUGUGGCUGUUGGUCAGGACAGGAGCCGCUCUGACUUCUCACUGCUGUUGACUGGUACUGUAACGGAAAACUCGCAGACAUGAAGAGAUCUUCCAGCAAAUCCAAAGAAUGCACCUUCAAUGCAGAGGACGGCUAUGUGAGGAUGUUCCUCCGAGGUCGUCCUGUCACCAUGCACAUCCCCGACCAGCAGAGGGAGAGCUACAGCCUCGACCACAAGGUGGCGCUCCCUGACCGCAAGCUCAAGCUGCAGUGGGUGUAUGGCUAUCGCGGCCGUGACUGCCGCUCCAACCUCUACCUGCUGCCCACAGGUGAGAUCGUGUACUUCAACGCCUCCGUGGUGGUGCUGUACAACACCGAGGAGCAGCAGCAGAGACACUACCUGGGCCACAACGAUGAUGUCAAAUGCCUGAGUGUGCAUCCUGACAUGGUUACCAUAGCAACGGGGCAAGUGGCUGGAAACUCUAAAGAUGGAAAGCUGCUGGCUCCUCAUGUUCGUGUUUGGGAUUCUGUGAGUCUCAACACGCUCCAUGUGAUCGGGAUGGGAGUGUUUGACAGAGCAGUCACGUGUGUGGCCUUCUCCAAGUCGAACGGAGGCACCUUCCUCUGUGCUGUGGACGAUGCCAACGACCACAUCCUGUCAGUCUGGAACUGGCAGAAGGAGAAGCAGCUGGCUGAUGUCAAGUGCUCCAAUGACUCUGUACUGGCCGCCGUGUUUCAUCCCAUGGACGCCAACCUGAUUGUCACCUGUGGAAAAUCUCACAUCAACUUCUGGACGAUGGAGGGAAACACUCUGACCAAGAGACAGGGCCUGUUCGAAAAACAUGAGAAACCAAAGUAUGUUUUGUGUGUGGCGUUUGCUGAGAAUGGAGAUGCCAUUACAGGAGACUCCAGUGGAAACAUCUAUGUCUGGGCCAAAGGUGGUAAUCGGAUCAGCCAGGUGGUGUCGGGGGCUCACGAGGGCGGGAUCUUCUCCGUAUGUGUCCUGAAGAAUGGCACCAUGGUGUCCGGAGGAGGGAAGGAUCGAAAGGUGGUGCUGUGGGACCAUGACUACAGAAAACAGGCUGAGAUGGAGGUGGGGGAGUCCUUCGGUCCUGUGCGGGCUCUGGCUGAAGGAAAACCAGAGGAGCUCUUUGUUGGAACCACAAAGAACGCCAUCAUCAGAGCUGCCUUCCCUGAUACGUUAACUCCUGUUGUACAGGGUCACACAGAUGAGCUGUGGGGUCUGGAUGUUCAUCCCUCCAUGGAGCAGUUCGUCACCUGCUCCCAGGACAAACAGGUUCACCUCUGGGACACCAACUCCCAUCAGCCCCUCUGGAGCAAGACUAUUGAUGAUCCAGGAAGAUCUGCAGGUUUCCAUCCCAGUGGGGCUGUUCUGGCUGUAGGGACCAUGACUGGAAGGUGGUUGGUGCUGGACACCGACACCCGGGAUCUUGUUUCCGUGCACACUGACGGCAACGAGAUCAUUUCCAACGUCAAGUACUCUCCAGAUGGUAACUUCCUGGCUGUGGCUUCACAUGACAACUUUGUUUACAUCUAUGCUGUGACGGAGAACGGCCGAAAGUACAGCCGUGUGGGGAAAUGCACUGGCCACUCCAGCUUCGUCACCCACCUGGACUGGUCGACAGACAGCCAGUACCUCGUCACCAACUCAGGAGACUACGAGAUCCUCUUCUGGGAGGCAUCCAGUGGUAAACAUGUGACCAACAUGGACACGGUGCGCAACCUGGAGUGGGCCACUUACACCUGCACUCUGGCCUUCAGUACCUUCGGAAUUUGGCCAGAUGGCGCAGACGGCACAGACAUCAACGCCGUGUGCAGGUCACAUGACGGAUCCCUGCUGGCCUCUGCUGAUGACUUUGGCAAAGUGCACUUGUUCUCCUUCCCCUGCUCUCAACCAAGGGCUCCGAGCCACGAGUACGGUGGCCACAGCAGUCACGUGACCAAUGUUGCCUUCCUGCAUGACGACAGUCACCUGAUCUCAACCGGCGGGAAAGAUACCAGCAUCCUGCAGUGGGUGGCCGCCUAGGCAAGGCUAUCAUCCCACAUCGCUGAUCCCCACAGGCAGGGAACAGCACCCCCUACUGGCCCCUGUCAUCUCCUCACUGUUUUAUCCUCCUGUCACCAGGGGGCAGCACCUCCUCUGUGCCUACUGGACAUAAAAAAAAAACAAAAAAACACACACACACACAUACAACCUGACCAACACGACCACACAUGGCAGCAAAUGAGAUAAUGAAUGGAAUAUUAUUUAGCGUCCAGCUGUUUGUAAUAGAAUGUAGAGAAAAUGGAUCCUAACUGUUCCCAAAAAUAAAAAAAACAACAAAAUCAACCACCACAACACCAACUCAGCUGGAAGCUGCCAGUGGUGACACACAGUAAACCUGUGAUCUUAGCGUUAGUACUAACUGUGCCUCAACUGUAUUUAUCUUAUCGCCCUUUAACAGGAAUUCCACCUAUUUUGAAGGACAAGCAUGUUGGCAAGUUGCAGCUCAACUGCAAAUCAGGUGCAACACGAUUAUGGUUAUAUUUAUAUUUAUAUUUUUGGAUUUGGUAUUAAUGUGUUUUUCCUUCUGUAUGAAAAUCAAUUCGCAGACUCUUGAAACUGAUUUCAGGUGGAUGAAUUAAAGCAUCGCCACCUAAUGAGAAUGUGAGAUGUACAGAAGAUAAUGUGGAAUUGAUGCUCACUAACUAAAAUCUUAUUUAUAAGAUAUAAAUGCAUGGAACUAAUGGAAUAUUGGAAAUGAGGAAAUACAAAAACCUAAAUAUAUAUUUAAAAAAAGCUUGAUAUGCAGAAUGAUGGGCUGUGAUGUAAAGUGUGCUUGAUUUGAAAUUCUCCUGGUGAGUGUGGUAGAUUCUUCUACACUUCUCUUUCCUGAAGCCAGAGAUGACUUCAGAUAAACAGAUUGUGCAGGGAUGUAGUCGAACAGAGUGUGUUCUUGUUCAUUAGCUUCUGGCUUUUAGAGAAAGUGAAGUGUAUGUUUGGAAGAACUCCCCAACCCGUCCUGGGGCAAAGAAAAAUUGCAUUAGAAUCCAUAAAAUGGGUGGUAUCCCCCUUUAAAAUACUUCCUGUAACCCCAUUGCCUUCUGUUACUACACUUUUUCGUCCCUCCCUGAUUUCCAAACUCUUACGGUGGACAUUGUAAGUAUUACAAGUUGGUGUUGGAGCUGCUGGAGAUCGUAAACGGUACGAAGUGGCUGUUUUGUCCUGAGCCCCCUCAUUUGUCCCGCAGCCCCCCCUCCCUCCCAGGGCUGCUGUGUUUCUGAUUGUACUACUACUGUAACUGUGCUGAGAGGGCACUAGAGGGCACUACUGCAGUACAAGAGAAUGAGCAUGACUCUGCCCUCCUCCUGUAGAUGCUGUUAAUGUUGCAAAGGUCUCUAGAGUAAAUAUAUAUAUUAUGCAGUAUAUCCGAGUGGCUGUGUUAUUUUAAUAUUUAACUGUAACUGAUGGAUGUUUAUUAUUAUUCUUGUGGCACUUUUAGUGAUUGACAGAGGAUAAUGUAGGCUUCUGUGCUGUAGAAGUGAGCUUGAGCAGUGCUUUGCCGCCUUCUGUUUUGUUAAUAAAGUUUUUACCCAAGUACAUUUAAGAGGAGGCUCUUUCUCCCUAUAGAAAAUAUACAUGAGUAAUCAUCUUUAUUAUAUAUAUGUCUUUCUUAAGUCUUACUGUUUAAAAAUAACUCAUGGGCUCAGUUCUUAAAACAGCUGAAAAUAAAUGAUAAUUAAUUCAGAACAUUUAAAUUAAAACUAAAGACAGGAACCAAUGACAAACUGAAUAUUAACAGUACUGACAGUUAAAAUGUGUGUGAUGUUUGGAGGGUGAGUCAGUGUGUGGUCUGACGUUCCUGCUUCAAACACCCAGAUCCCACAGGUGCACGAGGAGACAGUUGAUAGUAAAUAAGAACUUUGUCUUACCUCUCUGAGCAGGAUCGUAGCCCCUGAGGUUCGCUGAGUCACCGGCACGAGGAGGCUGGUGUUCUGUGACGAUCCCAGAGCUGACACCUCCUCUCUGUUUCCAUAAAUAAGAAGCUCUACUUAAUCAGCAAGGUGGGUCAAAUAAGGGCUAAAGGGGAAAACUACAAAAUAUUUUCUGCAUAAUAUUGUCUGAUGGAUGAAAAACAUUUCCUGAAAUCAUGGAAAGACAGACACAAAUCUUCUUUUUUUUUUUUAAUCAGUUGUUUAAAACUACCUGUUAAAUAGAAAUUGAAAUGUGAUUUUAUUCAGAAAUGGUGUAUGAGCUCCAAAGUGUGUGAUCUUUCUGUUGAAGUUAAACAUGACUUUAAAUUAGAGAAGGACCGGUGUCACUCAGAAACACAAACCUCCCUCAGAAACAAAAUCUUUGACAGGAAUCUGAGUCUGGAACUUCUGAAAUGAAAACCAUCUGUAGGCUCAGAGACACAUUUUAACGAGAUACGAAAACUUCUUCUUUGAUCUAAACCUUCCACCCACAUCUGUACGUCUGUUUUUCACAGCUGGAUAAGUUUCAUGUAAAAAAGAUGUUGAAGAAAGUUGUUUCACUUCAUUCCUUCCAUUAUUCUGUGUUUAUUGUACUGUACAUGUUUGUGCUCUGUGAUCGUGGUCUCAAUUCAAUAAAUCUGAAACCUAAA